AAUCAAGAAACUUGCCUCAUCUUCCACUGGCUAUGGUGGGGGUGUGGGGGUGUCGAUAAUGAGCUACUACGUAUUUGCCAACGGAAUUAGCAAGAAAACCAAGAGCAAUUGAGUUUGCAGUGCCGCAUGUGUGGCGGCAACGGCGGGGAGGGAGGCGCGACUGGGCGAUGGUUAUGGUGCGGCGGCGACCACGCAAAUGGCGAUAGACAGGCGGCGACCACGCAAAUGUCGAAGCUAUUUGAUUGUGCGAUAAAGGAAACAGAUGGCAAGGCAGAAGUGCGAAAUGAGUUGGCGUUGAUUUACCAAAACCAGUUGCUUCAGAAUGAGCAUUCUAGUUGCCAUGCAUUGCUAAAGAAGAACAAGAUGGAAGUUCUCAAGACGAUGUUUAGGCUUUAUGAUGAUGUUACCAUGGGAUUAGAUCAUAUUGCAAAUAUCUUCAAAGAGCAUAUCAUUGAUGAGGGGAAAGCCUUAAUCCAGUGGGAAAAAGAUAUUACUCCCUCUGGUUGUGCUUUGGAGGAAGCAUUUGAGGUACUCUUGGACGAAGGGGUUGCUUGUAGAUCAAUUGUGGCUUUAUUUAAGAUCAAUUUGAACAAAGAGGUUGCUAGUAGAUCAAGUGUUGAUCCAGCAGAGUCAUCAUUUUGUGAUUGUAUUCUCAAGCAAGUUGGCUUUGACAGAGUAAAGGCCUCACAGAUAAUGGCUCAAUUAGAAAAGCUACAUAUGAGAAGUAUCUAAAAUUUUAGUUUUAGUUUAAUUGGCUAAGGAUAUUACUAAAUGCUAGUUAUUGGU